AUGACUGCCACCGAAUUUCAGACUGUAGACAGCGGCAACCUGCCGGAAUUCAAAUCAAAAUCCACUCUCUACGUGAUAAUCUGUUAUUUUAUUGCGGCUUGUGGAGGUCUUAUGUUUGGUUACGAUAUUGGGAUUUCAGGUGGGGUGACAUCUAUGGAUGACUUCUUGGAAAAAUUCUUCCCGACCGUUUAUAGAAGGAAACUUCAAGCCCACGAGGAUAACUACUGCAAAUAUGAUAAUCAAUAUCUUCAGCUUUUCACAUCUUCUUUAUACCUUGCUGCUCUCCUCUCCAGCUUUGUUGCAUCGAAGGUAUGUUCCAUACUUGGGCGGAGGCCAGCAAUGAUGCUCGGAUCAAUCUUCUUCCUCAUUGGAGCCAUCUUAAAUGCGGCAGCAGAAAACCUGUUGAUGCUAAUCCUAGGGAGGAUUCUUCUUGGCAUUGGGGUUGGGUUUUGUAAUGAGGCAGUUCCUCUAUACUUGUCUGAAGUAGCCCCAGUCAAAGUAAGGGGUGCAGUGAACAUAAUGUUCCAACUCUUCGUUACAAUCGGGAUUUUUAUUGCAAAUCUAGUAAACUACUUCACUUCGAAGAUGCACCCUUCAGGCUGGAGAGUAUCUUUGGGUAUUGCAGGCGUACCAGCCUCUGUUUUAUUGUUGGGUUCCUUCUUCAUUACUGAGACUCCCACCAGCCUCAUACAGCGUCAGCAGCUUGAAAAGGGGAAAGCAACACUUGAGAAGGUGAGGGGUGUUGUGGAUGUUGAUGCUGAGUUCGAUCAAAUUGUAAUUGCUGCAGAGAAGGCCCGACAAGUGAAGCAUCCAUUCAGAAAGCUCAUGUCCCGCUCAAACCGACCUCCGCUGGUCAUUGGCAUUCUGUUGCAGGUGUUUCAACAGUUAACAGGAAUUAAUGCUAUAAUGUUCUACGCUCCGGUACUAUUCCAGUCCGUCGGCUUCAAGAACGAUGCUUCAUUGUUCUCCUCGGUCAUCACUGGGCUUGUGAACGUAUUAAGCACCAUUGUCUCAAUUGUACUGGUAGAUAGGUGUGGAAGGAAAGUUUUACUUCUUGAAGCUUGCGUCCAGAUGCUCAUUGCACAGAGCAUAAUAGGGGGUCUCCUAGAAGCGCACUUGAAAACAUAUGCAGACACACUUGGACGAGGGGAAUCGUUUGUGGUGGUGUUUCUGGUGUGUUUUUAUGUAAUGGGGUUCGCAUGGUCAUGGGGACCUCUGGGUUGGUUGAUUCCAAGUGAAACCUUCCCCGUGGAGACCAGAACAGCAGGGUUUGCUUUUGCAGUUAGCUCCAACAUGCUCUUCACAUUCGUUAUCGCGCAAGCAUUCUUGUCCAUGUUGUGUCGUAUGCGGGCUGCUAUCUUCUUCUUCUUUGCUGGGUGGAUCGUGGUCAUGGGUUUAUUUGUGCUCUUUCUCUUGCCGGAGACCAAGAAGGUACCCAUUGAUGUCAUGGUCGACAGGGUUUGGAAGAAACACUGGUAUUGGAAGAGAUUCAUGAUGGGUGAUGGUGACGACGACGACAAGCACAGAAAUGUAGAACUUGGGUUAUAG